UCGCUCGCUUCUCGGGGCGCCUCCUCCACCUGUCUCGCCUCCCCCUCCCCCUCCCCCUCCCAGGAAACUCCGUGGCGGCGACCUCCCCCACCGCCGCCGCCGCCGCCGCCGCAGCCGCAGCCUCCGGCGCCGCCUCCCAAUCCGGGAGGAUCCCUCCGGACCCGCCGAUUCCCUCGCCGCCGCCCGUGUCCUCCCGCCGCCGGGAUCGAUCUCCGCGGAUUCGACGGCUUCAUCGAGGUUAAGUCAGCAUAGCUAAUAACUCCGUCUACUGUUGUGACCUCUGUGGUUUGCUUUGUGUGUUUGGCUUCCCAAUCAUCUGCAUAAACCAGGAAGUGGGUUUGCUUUGGAAAUAUUUGGGGUCAAACUAGUAGUUGGCACAUUGUGAUCUGAUCAUGUUUAUGCACAGUUUGUACUGCUAAGCACAAUUGGAGUUCUGACUAUACAGAUGCUGUGCGCAUGCUUGCUGGCAAUAUGAACAACGAUAACUAUAUUGACUUGAGUUCAGACAGUGAUAUAGAUUUUGACUUCGACUCAGAUGAUUCAGUUGGUGGUUUGGACCAGGAGCUAGCUUCAUCUUCUUCUAGGCCUACUGAAAAUAUAAAUGGUCAAUAUAGAACUCUGCCACCUUCUUUUACAAAUGGUAGACAUGUUGAUAACGCUCGUCAUGCGUUAGGUUCAGGUGACAGAGCUUAUCCGCAUUCAAGUUCUUAUAGGGGGUCACCAAAUGAUUCUGCAAGGGCAACUCCUGCUUCCAACAGAACUGAUAUUGUAGUCAAGAAGCACAAUGGUUUUGCAUCGGAAGAAAAUGAUAAUGGCAAGAGGAUUCUUCCCUCAUCCUUUUCAAAUGGCCGCACAACAAAUGCUAUGCAUCCAGUGGUUGCAAGUGAGACACGCAAAUUCCCACCAUCUUUUACCAAUGGAAAUUCACAAAGAUUGGCUGAAAAUAGGAUGGGAAAAAAUGUUGCCAAUGGAAUUGGGGAGCCUUCAUCGUCAAGGUUUCCGAGCCGAAGUUCUUUUGGUACUGACAACAAGAAGGUCAUCACAGACAGUGACAAUGAGGAUGUCUAUGUAUAUGGAAGCUCCAGUUCACAUAGGGUUCUUCCUCCAUCUUUUGGUCGCAAUAGUUCUGCUAAUCACAGCGAAUUUGCUAAUGGCAUUGAUAUGCAAGGUCGUCUGAACCUGGAAAAUAGGAUUAUAGAUUCUGACGAGAGAGCGGUGUACCAGGAAGCACUACAGAAUAUUAUCCAGGAUAAAAGGGAAGAUGAUCUGCCUGAGGGUGUUCUGUCAGUACCUCUGCUUAGGCACCAGAAAAUGGCAUUGGCUUGGAUGGUUUCGAAGGAGAAUAGCUCUCAUUGUGCAGGUGGAAUUCUUGCAGAUGAUCAGGGUCUUGGCAAAACAGUGUCUACAAUUGCCCUUAUACAGAAACAGAGGAUCCAGCAGUCUAAGUUUAUGUCUGUUGAUUCAGAUCGUUUAAAAGCUGAAGCGCUAAACCUUGAUGAUGACGAUGAGGCAGCGCCUGUUGCGGAUAAUAAGGGGGAGCAGACUAAGAAUGAUGAACCCAGGAAGGAUCUAGGAGCUGGUUCGUCAUCAACAGCAGCUGGUACUGGUGACGUUGAAACAUGUGCUAGCCUAAUGAAUACUGCUCCAGAUAAGACGGUUGAAAGAAAUGUUGAACGUAAGAAGAAGAGUAAGGCAAGCACAUCAUCUACUAUGCAAUCCAUGACAAGGCCUGCUGCAGGUACUCUAGUGGUGUGCCCAGCUAGUGUUCUUAAGCAAUGGGCGAACGAAUUGACUGACAAGGUUGGUGAAAGUGCUAAAUUGUCUGUUUUGGUCUAUCAUGGUGGCUCAAGGACCAAAGAUCCAAAUGAGUUGGCAAAAUAUGAUGUUGUUAUCACUACAUACACAAUUGUGGCCAAUGAAGUGCCUAAACAGAAUGCCGAUGAUGACACUGAUCAGAAGAAUGGUGAAGAAUCUUCUGCUGGUAAUAAGAGAAAACAACCACCCAAAGCACAGAGCAAGUCGAAGAAAAAGAAAAAGAAACUUAAGGAUUCAGACAUUUACCUUGCCAGUGGCCCAGUUGCAAGAGUGCGAUGGUUUAGGGUUGUCCUUGAUGAAGCUCAGACAAUAAAGAACUUUCGAACUCAAGUGGCUAAAGCCUGUUGUGGAUUACGUGCAAAAAGAAGAUGGUGCUUAUCAGGAACACCUAUACAAAAUGCAAUUGAUGAGCUCUACAGCUAUUUCCAUUUCUUGAAAUACGAUCCAUAUUCUACUUAUAAUUCAUUUUGUACAAUGAUAAAGCACCCGAUUGCUAGAAAUGCAGUUCAUGGGUAUAAGAAACUUCAGACUGUGUUGAGGAUAGUUCUCCUGCGCCGCACAAAAGAAACUCUGAUUGAUGGUGAGCCAAUCAUAAAGCUACCUCCAAAGACAAUUAAUCUGGAUAAAGUAGAUUUUACAAAAGAGGAGCGAGCUUUCUAUUUGACGCUGGAAGAACGCUCGCGGCAACAGUUCAAGGCAUACGCUGCUGCUGGUACACUCAAACAGAACUAUGCCAACAUUCUUCUAAUGCUGUUGCGCCUUAGGCAGGCCUGCGAUCAUCCUCUUCUUGUGAAGGGGCAUCAGUCAGAGUAUAAAGGCGAUGGUUCUAUAGAAAUGGCAAAGCAACUUCCUAAAGAAAUGAUAAUAAAUUUGCUUGCAAAGCUGGAAGUUGGAGAGUUUUGUUCUGUAUGCAGUGAUGUACCUGAGGAUGCCGUCGUGACGAUGUGUGGCCAUGUCUUCUGCUAUCAAUGUAUAUACGAGCGGAUAACUACUGAUGAGAAUAUGUGUCCCUCCCCUAAUUGUGGAAACACAUUAAGUACCGAUUCAGUAUUUUCGUCAGGAGCGUUAAGGAUUUGCAUGUCUGGUGUAUCCAGUUCUCAUGCAUCAGGGAGUUCAUCAUUAGAUGACGAGUCAUCUUCUAUUAGUCAAACUAGUUACAUAUCCUCAAAGAUACAGGCGGCAAUCGAUAUACUGAAUUCGAUCAUUAACACCUAUGCCCUUACCGACAGUGAUACCGUCGAAUCAAAUCCUAGCCGAGUGGCCCCAGUGAAAGCCAUUGUGUUCUCCCAGUGGACUGGCAUGCUGGAUUUGCUGGAGCUUUCAUUGAAUAGCAAUCUCAUACAGUACAGGAGACUAGAUGGAACAAUGUCCCUCAAUUCAAGAGAUAAAGCAGUGAAAGAUUUUAACACAGACCCAGAGGUCAGGGUUAUGAUCAUGUCACUGAAAGCAGGUAAUCUUGGUCUCAAUAUGGUUGCUGCUUGCCAUGUAAUUCUCCUUGAUCUUUGGUGGAAUCCUUAUGCUGAGGACCAGGCAAUUGAUAGAGCACACAGAAUUGGUCAGACUCGUCCUGUUACUGUCUCCCGUUUAACCAUUAAAGAUACGGUGGAAGAUCGCAUUUUAGCUCUGCAGGAGGAAAAGAGAGCCAUGGUUAGCUCUGCUUUUGGCGAAGACAAAUCGGGUGGCCACGCGACUCGGCUCACCGUGGAUGAUCUGAAGUAUCUAUUUAGGUUUUGAUUGGAAGCACCCGUGAUCUCUGCGAUACAAUGACAUUGUAUAGUAGCCUGUGAUCUUUGCCUAGAUGCAACUCCAACAGCUGUGUACCGCUGCUGAGUAUUUUGGUGCGAGGUACUGCGGAUUUGUGUCCUUCCAUGGCUCGCAGCAGCUCCAGUUUUGUCAUGCUCUGAUUUGCUAGACGAAAUGUAGUAGGCUUAGUCGCUAGCCUGUGUUGAAUAUUUGACCCCAGCUUGUAGGAGAAUUCUGCCAUUGCUCCCUGUUUUAUCAAGAGAUCCAUCUGGUGGUGUAUAUAUAUGUGCCAUAUAAUGUUGUUCUGUGUAACAUAUAACUUAAUAUUCGAAGAGUAUUCUGUCACUACU